AAAACGCCGGGGGGCUACCGGCGUUUUCCCAAUUUUUCUUUUUCUUUUUUCUUUUCGGUUUUUGCCCCUCCCGAGAUGGUUCUUGUUCUGUAGUGAUUUUUUACAGUGAUUUCUUGUCGUGCUUCCGAUCUUUUGUCUGGGUUUUUCCUUGCGCGGUCGUGGAUUGCUGUCGACCCAGUUUGGUCUUUUCGAGUUUGAUCGCGCGUGGGCUUCGAAUUCUCGACUGGGUAGAUGCGCUUAUGUGAAGUCUUGAUUUGAUUCCGGCGCUUUCUCUGUUUGUGUUUGCGUUUCUGUCUGCUUGUUCCUGUGGCGAUGACUCUGCUGAAGGAAUUAACCCCACAAGAAGGUAAUGAAAACUCAGCAAUAGCCUCAGCGAAAUAGAACAUCGUGAAAUUCAAUUGUUAGAGCAAGAUCAUUCUAUUUCAAUCGGACAAUGGCUCCUGCUGGAGGCACUUGCAAAGAAGUUCAUGAACCUUACCCUGCCGCCGCUGAUUACAGUGUAGUAAUCAGCAAACAGGAGACCACUUCUACACCAGCAAAAUCUUCCAUUUUCUCACCUGGACAACGUGGAAUUUGUUCGAGUGCUGGCGUAGAUGCUCUGCUCGAGUGCCCUGUCUGCACAAACUUUAUGUAUUCUCCAAUUUACCAGUGCCUAAACGGCCACACUUUAUGCUCAACCUGCAAGAUUAGAGUCCACAACGUUUGCCCGAUUUGUCGGAGUGAACUUGGAGAUAUAAGGUGUCUGGCGUUGGAGAAAGUCGCCGAGUCUCUGGAACUCCCUUGCAGAUACAAGAAUUUAGGUUGUCGUGAAAUCUUCCAAUACUUCAGCAAGCCUAGCCACGAGCAGCAGUGUCAGUUCCGUCCAUAUAAUUGCCCUUAUGCUGGAUCUGAGUGCUCCAUCACGGGCGACAUUCCAAUGCUUGUUGCUCAUCUUAGAGAAGACCAUAAAGUCGACAUGCAUAAUGGCUGCACUUUCAACCAUCGAUAUGUCAAGUCCAACCCACAGGAAGUUGAGAAUGCCACGUGGAUGUUAACAGUGUUUAAUUGUUUUGGGAGGCAGUUCUGUUUACACUUUGAGGCAUUCCAAUUAGGCAUGGCUCCUGUUUACAUGGCCUUUCUACGUUUCAUGGGUGAAGAAUAUGAGGCGAGGAAAUUUAGCUACAGUUUAGAAGUCGGCGGGAAUGGCCGUAAGCUGACAUGGGUAGGGAAACCAAGAAGCAUCCGAGAUGGGCACCGGAAGGUUCGUGACAGUCAGGAUGGUCUCAUCAUUCAAAGAAGUCUGGCUCUUUAUUUCUCCGGCGGUGACCGGCAAGAGCUCAAGUUGAGGGUCGCUGGCAACAUAUGGAAGGAAGAAUGAGCAAUCGUAAGAAUAUUACUGUUGAGGUCUGAAUUUUUACUCAUGGUGGUACGAGCAGCGGGUGAGGUACUGCUUUUUCGGGGCUGUGAAGGGGCCUCUUCUGACUAAUAUUGGCUCAUAGCUCGGCUCGCUCGCGUGUCUACGAAAAAGUUAUAUAUUCACUUGAGUGAUAAUUCUUGUAAAUAGAUUGGUACUUGCCAUUGCAGCAAAUCUAAUACCAUAACAGGCGAAAAUUAUGGUGGAAGAAAUUGUUCGGUCAAA